CGCAACUCCACCAGCUCCAUCACCAAGCGAGAAUAACGGUUCUAUUACCUAACAUCACGAAUACGAUUUCCUUCCAAAAGAUCAACUGAUCUUGACCAAUCUUAUCAAUCUCAUCAGCUCUCCAUCUCCAUCUCCAAGGCCCAAAUGUCUCAGCCGCGCAAGAGUCGGUGAACAGAGGCGAAACCUUGUUCCGCUCCGUUCCUUUACCCCACAAACCGUACGUUCCCUCAGGCCAUUUAUCAACUCGGUCCUGCACCACAAGACACAACUGCUCUUCCUCCAAGCACAAUCAUCAAAAUGGCCAAUCUGGGCAUUGUCGCGGUCGUUACGACACUCGUCGUUCUCAUCCUCACCUACGGUGUACCCCUCUUUCUGAAAGAGUACUUCCCCUGGCAGAGUCUGUACAAACAGCGCCACGGAAGACCUACCGUGACCACAAAGUCGUACAAAGGGCGAACGGCGCUCAUCACCGGUGCGAAUGGAGCGUUUGGAUCUCGAGCGGCUAAGAUUUUUGCGCAGAGAGAUGUUGAAACGCUUGUGCUCGUUGAUGUGAGGGAUUGCAGUGGUGUGAAGGAGGAGAUUGAGAAGGAGUUGGGCGAAGCGGGCAAACCGGUGCCCAAGAUUCUGGUCUGGCAGGCUGAUUUGAUGACGUUUAAGGGAUGUCAGGAACUUGGGAGGAAGGCGAAGGAUUUGGAACAUUUGGAUCAUGUUUUGAUGACUGCGGGAAUUCUGGCGUUUAAUCGUCGUGAAUCGCCUGAAGGCUGGGAAACUUCCAUCCAAGUCAACUUCCUCUCCGGCGCACUCCUCUCUCUUCUCUUCCUCCCUCUCCUCAAGUCCUCCCCAUCCAACCCCUCCCCUCCCGUUCUCACCUUUGUCACGACCUUUGGCAUCUACCCCUCCUCCUUCACGAUGGGCGUACCCAAAAAGGGCUCUUACCUCAAGAAACUCAGCAACAACAAGGAAGGCAUGGAACAAGCUCAUCAAUACGGUCGCUCCAAGGGCCUUCUGCUCUACUGGGCCCGCGAACUCGCUUCUCGCGUCUCCGCCAUCCAAGCAACGGAGAAACUUCCCCGCAAGGUCACCAUCAACAGCGCUGAUCCGGGUUCUGCAUGGACACCUCUUACGAAUCCUAACCAGGCGAAGCUUAUCCCACGACUCAUCAUGAACUUUGGAGCGAGAGAUCCGCAGAUCUGUGCGACGGCUUUGGUCAAUGGUGUUUCGGCGACGGAGGAUGCUCACGGCAAGAUUAUGCAGGACUUCGAUACUGCUGAGUAAGUGAUCUACACGAUAUGAUGCGUUUUGGUACUGAUUAAGAUUUAGCUAUCCUCCUUUCAUGGUGAGGAAGAGUGGCCGUGCGGCUCAGGCGCGUGUUUGGGAGGAGACGAGGGAGGAGCUUGAGGCGAAGGUCCCAGAGGUCAAGGCCAUCUUUGACAUGCUGGACCAGUAAAACCGCUGCGAUGAUCACAUUACGACAGCUUUGGGAUCAGGUAUUACGUGAUGAGGCCAAGCAGCUGAGGAGGCGAUGAGUGUAAAGCAUUGAAAUGGCCCGAUGGGGUAAUAAUCCGCGGGAGACCAAAGGCAUUGCGCGUAUCUUGCAAGGGCCACGGUGAUUCGACAAGGAUGGAAUAUGGCCUUGCUAGCGCUAGCGCAACUAAAGCAAAAUUGAAGUUUAAAAAUUAGUCUAAAUCGAAUACCGGUAUUUUGGCGCCCGCGCGAAACGGCAGUUAAUUCAUUGGAAGAAUACCAUUCACAUUUAUCGUCAUUCCGUUCCAUGCUGACGCCUUCACGUGGCUG